CUUAUCGAGUUUAGUAACGAAAUAAUAGUGAUCGGCUCUUUUCUUUACUUACGUUAAAAUCAUGACCCCAUGCUAUGAACUAUUUGCUAAAAAAUCCCGAUUAGCUCAUAACGAUAGAAGAAGUUGAUCGCCUCGGAAACAGCGCAAAAGAAUUUAAAUAAAGUCAUAUUGUCUGAAAUAUUGAUCACAAUUUGCUUGACAAACAUGAAGCAUCGAAAUUUGGCAUUUAACUUCUUUGUACAAACCUGGUUGGCAAUCACAAUUGCAUAUAAUGGGGCAAGCUUUGGUGAUGAAUAUAAAAAAAAAAUCAGCAGUCAUCUAUGUAAAAACGAGUAUAAAUACAAAAUAACUCAACCAAUGUUAGAUUUGUGUAAAGAACAGGCUUAUAAUUUUGGAUAUGCAAUUAAUGGAUUUAAUAGAGGAAUUACUGAGUGUCAAUCUUUGUUUACAAAUCAACGAUGGAACUGCUCUACUUUUGAUGUAGAUUCAGAAUUUACACUGUUCAAUACUGUCAUGUCUAGAGGGUCUAAAGAAGCUGCAGUUCAAAUGGCAAUGGCAUCCGCAGGAAUGAUUGAAGGUAUUACUGCAAGUUUAAGAAGGAAAAAAAAACCAACCACUAAAGACGAAUCUGGGUGCAACACUCAACUUGCCCAGCAGAAUCCUGGUGAAUAUUAUAGCGAAUGUGAUGCAGAUUUAACAAUAGGAAACCGUUUUGCAAACCUUGUUAUAAAAACCUGGCAACCUCAAACAAAUCAAGAAGAAGUGCAAAUGAAUGAGCAUAAUUCCUACGUUGGAAAAAUGGCUGUACAACUUAAUAUGCAGAAAGUUUGUAGAUGUGCUGGUAUAUCUGGUAAUUGCGUUACCAAGUGUUGCUAUCAAACGUUAAAGCCUCUAAAAGUAAGUGCGCAAUGGUUGCAAGCCCAGUAUAGUAAAGCUCAAAAAGUAGUUCGCAGCCAACGAGUUAGAAGAGAUGGACGAUAUUUAUUAGUCAAUGAAAAAGACGGGAAAGAACCUGCAAACACAGACUUGAUAUACAUACUCGAUUCACCAGAUUAUUGCACUCAUGAUAUAAAUAAAAAUAGUCUUGGAACUACCGGCCGUUUAUGUAAUAAUACCUCAUUAGACACAAAUGGCUGCGAAUAUAUGUGCUGCGGAAGAGGUUACGUCACGGAAGAAUUAAACGUUGAUGAUUUCUGUAAAUGUAAAUUUAACUGGUGUUGUGACGUAACUUGUGAUCGGUGCAAAAAAACAAUAACGCGGCAUAUUUGCAAAUGAAAAAUCAACCAAACAAAAAACAAAAAAACAAAUACGGAUAUAUUUAAAAAAAGUAGCAAAAAAUAUUUGCUAUAAUAAAGUUAUUUAUUUUUCGACUACGUCUUGUAAAUAAACUUAAAAUAUUUUAUUAUUGUAAUUUAAAUUAUAGAGAAAGUUAUUUAGUUUUGUAAAUAAUAGUAUUAUAUAAAAAAUA